AUGCCCCCGUCUACUGUCUCUGCGAGAGGCUCGCGUCCGGCUGGCUACGGACAGUCCUGCACCAACUGCUCUCGCGCCAAGUGCAAGUGUAUUCUGGCCGCUGCUGGUGACGCAUGCGAACGUUGCACUCGCCUCGGAAAAGAAUGCCAGCCGAUAGUCACGGCGAGGAAAAAGGUGGCCAAGAGGACCGCUGCAUCACGGACGGCCCAGUUGGAGGAGAAGCUUGAUGACCUCGUCUCCAUCCUCAAAAACUCCCAAGGACAUCCCGCCCAAGAACAGCAGCAGCAGCAGCAGCAGCAGCAGCAACAGCACCUGCAGGAACAAAUCGCGCAGCAUCAACGGCACCUAGACUACAGUCAUAUGCAGCAUGUGCCGCAACAGACAAGAUCGCAAACCGCGGCCCUCGACUCGCUUGCCCAGGCCGCAACCACUGAGCGGCACAAUAGCUCCGGGAUGUUUCGCGGCAACAUCAUUGACCCAAACAUGGCCAGCGGCCACAUGCAGCGUGACCCGACUGCUGAAGAGGCCGAUGUCCAUCUGGCAAAGUUUCGCACUUGGCUGCCCGGUCUGCCAUUUCUUCACCUUCCUUCCGACAUGAGCGCCAAAACUCUAAGAAUGGAGAGACCAUUCCUGUGGCUGUCAAUUAUGAAUUUGGCGUCAGACUCUCACUCACAGCAGCAAUUCCUGCGCGACAAGGUGCGCAGAGAAAUGUCGGAGCGCAUCAUCAUGAACCAUGAGCGCAACAUGGACAUUGUACAAGGCCUUAUUGCAAACCUAGGAUGGGCCACAUUAAAUACAGGACCUGGUGCCAGACCAUUCGUCGUUUUGUUCUCGCAAUUAGCGACGCUGGUCAUUUAUGAACAGGGCAUGAUGCGCCCGCCCAAUCAAGAACACUUUUCCUCGGUUGGCUUCAAGGCCUGGAACAUGAGCACCCUCACGCCAAAAGCUCGCACAAUGGACGAGAGGAGGGCCGUGUUGUCGUUGUGGUUUCUCACAUCAAUAUGCAACGCCCUCACUGCGCGGACAGAGACCUUGCCGUGGACGAGCCACAUGGACGAGUCUCUAAGCAUACUCGAACGCGGCGAUGAUCAGCACCUCGAUGCCAUGCUCGCAACAAUUAUUAAGAUACAGAGAAUCUGCGACGAAGCCCACCGACUGCUCAUGCAAGAUUUACUUCCCAACGCACCUGAAAAGGACAUUCCGACAUAUCUCUAUAAACCAAGUCUCUUAGAGAGGCUCAACACCAUCCAAGCAAAUCUACCACCCCGAUUUACUACCAAUUACACCAUUAUUACACAUCUCGUUUCGACAGAAUGCCAAAUUCACGCCAUCGGCUUGUUUUCAAACCAUCGAAUACCAGAGACGCAGAGCGUUGAGUCAAUGUAUCAAUGCCUUGUUUGCAUUCGAGCAUUCUACGACGCCUUCUUUUCAAUCCCACUGGGCGAUAUUGCUGGCCUUCCACUCCACACAUAUGUUGCCCUCUCUACAAUGCAGGUCAUGUUAUACAGACUCACCAUUUCCGACAACCCAAACUGGGACAAGGAGGUAGUACGGCAGACGGCGGACGUCAUGGAUAUCGUGGACAGAACGAUUGAGCUUUUUGAAAAGGUGGCAAGUGUAUAUCCGAUGCGCGACCAGCAGGUCCAGGGCAAUCUGUUCCAAAAAGGCGCCAAGCAGAUGCGCAACCUGCGCGCCAUGUGGCAGCCCAUUGUGUCGAAGCAUUUCGGCACGAUGCCCACUCCCACCAGCCAGCAUAACAGUGCCAGCAGGGCCGCGACCGAGCAGCCUAUGCUACUGGAUACAAUGGUGGACGGCGAACCGAUUGACUUUAAUGACAUGUCAUGGAUGGCCGAUAUAUUUGGGCCCUGGGGAGAUAUGCAGUGA